AUGGCCCUCAAUCCAGGGCGUUUUGACCUCAGCAAUGCCACCAACCUGACUGAGAUCCACCAAAAGUAUCAGAAGAAACGCAUCAUCGGACUGGGUUCCUUUGGCAAGGCCUGGUUGGCCACCGACUUGGCUACGAAAGAAGACUUUUGCAUGAAGGAAAUGAGCGUUGACAACGAUCAAGCCAUGAUGGAGGCUCGCAGCGAAGCACAGGUGCACUCUCAGUUACGACACCCCUUUAUCAUUCAGUUUCAGGAAGUUGUCAAAACCCCACGCAUGGUCUACAUUGUCAUGGAGUAUGCCGACCAGGGCGAUCUGGCUACGCUCCUAAACGAGCGCUCGCGCACCAAGCGCUACCUGCCCGAAGAUCAGCUCAUGGUUUGGAUGACCCAGAUCAUGCAGGCCUUGGCCUACAUCCAUCGCCGAGGCAUGAUUCAUCGUGACGUCAAGUCUGCCAACAUCUUCUUGAUGCCCUCGGGUGUGGUCAAGCUUGGUGAUUUGGGUUGUGCUCGCAUCCUGGAUGACAACGCACAACGUAUUCAGCUUCGAACCUGCUCUACGCCCUGCGGCACGCCACUUUAUCAAGCUCCAGAGCAGACUAAAGGCAUCCCCUACUCACAAAAAGUCGACAUUUGGGCCUUGGGUUGCGUCUUGUAUGAAGCCUGCACACUCAAGCCUACUUUUGAGGCCAAGAACCUUCAAGAACUGAUGCACAAGAUUCGCAAUGGCCUCUUUGACAAGCGCCUGCCUUCCGUCUACACCCCUCAACUCCGCCAAGCCUUGAUGCAGCUUUUGACCAUCGAUCCUUAUCUCCGACCAGCUGCUCAGGACAUGCUUCGCGAGUCUUACUUUGCCGAGUUUGCUGAUAAGCAGCUUGGUGCUGACGGCUCGGUGGAGAGCGUACCAGGCGCCAGUGAGGAGAUAACUGAGGAAGGCACCAGCCUGCCGUCAUCCCUGACACAGUCACAGCGCGAUACGCAAGCUCCUACGACAGGCACUUCCAAUGGCAUCGACUCGGGCAAUCAGCCCAAUCCUUCAAGUCCCUUUACCGCCACUGGCAUGACGCAGCGCUCUGCGGGCAUGACAAGCGCUUCGGGCAUGGCAUCUGUGGCCGCCACUGGGCAGCGCGGAUUGGGGCAAGCCACCCCUGCUCGUGUUCCAGGAACUGGGGCAUCUGUGGCCGCCACUGGGCAACGCGGAUUGGGGCAAGCCACCCCUGCUCGUGUUCCAGGAACUGGGGCAUCUGUGGCCGCCACUGGGCAACGCGGAUUGGGGCAAGCCACCCCUGCUCGUGUUCCAGGGGCUGCGAAUAACGCUGUCAAUCCUCUGUCCCUGGCCCCCUCAGCCUUGCCCACACCAUCGCGCUUUGGCCGUUUCAGCAGUGGUGGCAGUGGCGGAAGCGAGGGCCUCGUGGCUACUGGUAGUGGGUCUCUUCGAAAGACGAGCCAUGCCAUGGGUGGAACCUUGGACGGGGCUUCUCCCAAUGGCAGCGCAGGCUCGUUGUCGAGUGGCGGCGCGCGCGCUCGUCUCAAUGGUGAUUCGUCGCACCUUAACAUGCAGAAUGUGGCGCAUCACCUGGACCACCAGCGUGCCGCCGCCUCCAACGCGCUCGCUCGCGUUCAGGUUCCAGACAUGGACAGCCGGCAGCCGCGGCGCUAUGAGCAGCAUGCACUGCACGCAAGCCUUAUGCCCGGUCGACAGGGCACCAGCCCAAGAGCGCGUGGUCCCCCGGCUGCCCUGUCCUCACCUCAAGGCAGCUCUGGCAUUGGCAAGGGCAUGUUUGCGCGUAGUCAUCAGCCCCUGCCCAUUUCCAUCGCGCCAGUGGAAGGCUCACCAUCACACUCGCAGUCCACACGACCGGUUUCGGGACACGAGACACAAGCCGUACUCGACCGCUUUGGACGGGUUCUACAAAUUCCAACCUCUGAUCCCGUGGGCCCUGGACGUCAGGCCCAACAUCACUCUGCACCACAACCCAGCUCGACUCAAGCGGAUGGUCGCCAUCACAGAGAGCAGCCGGGGUCUGUGACCGGCUAUCCACAGCCGUCGCUGCACCGCCGUGCCGGUGCUGUUGGCGGUGGUUGGAACGUGCCGACCGGCGUGAGCUUAAAGCCUCACAAUUAUCGGCGACAGCCGGCAACGCUGUUUGCGCCUAGCUCCGCCUUUAUGUCCAUUGCUGAAUAGAUUUGGCGGGUGCCUGUUUAUCAGUUUAUCAACAUUUGAUGUCAAGCUUUUGUUGUGUGAGCGACGAGCCAACUUUCCCAGUGUACAAAUGGUGCUUCCUGUCUGCUCAAUCCAAAAUGUUGCCUU